CUUCUUCGGUUUACAAGAAGAUGAAGCAAUGCUGCCUCGAUUCAAAGCCUUUAGGUUUAGGAAUACGGGUCGAAGUGGUAACUGUGCAUUGUCUCUUCGUGUUGUCAGUCGGUCGGUCGGUGACUCAUUCAGUCCUGUCACACAGGCGAAGAGGUGGGUAGAGAGGGAGAGUCAUAGAAACGACUACGCAAGCUAAUCAAUCAGUCAGUCAGUCAUCCUCUGCAAAGAUGACUGACCAUGGUGGUGGUGUGACGGCCGUAGCGGUGAUGCUGGUGGUGGUGCUGGCAGCGGGGAUGACGGCCCCAAUGGAUGCGGCGGAGAUGGAGAAAACGCCACUCCACACUGAUGAAGGUGACUGUCGCGUAGGGCCCAGCCUGCGGGUGAAGGAGCAGCCCCUGAAGGUGUCGCUGCUGGCCUACGUGACCUGCUCGGACAACGUGAAGUUGGGCUUCUUCCUCCCUGGCCAGGACCCCUACAAGAACCGCGACGCCGUGAGCUUCAACAGCACGGGCGGCACACACUUGGAAGUGCGGGGCGGCAAAGGGACCAAGACGCCCCUAGCCUUCCCGCGGCUCAUCCCCGAGGGCUGGAACACCUUCAGGGUGACGGCGGACGAGAGGGGCGUGGAAGUGGCUCUGGUGGAGGGCCGCGACACCACCACGUUGUUCACGCUGCCGCCGCUGCCCCACGCCCCCGACACCCUGCACGCAGAGGGGCGCGUGGCGCGCUGCUCUCGCGUGACCCCCGCCUGGGAGGUGGGCUCGGGCGAGUAUAUGAGCGUCGUGCUGCAUCUGCCGGGGGUAGACGGUCGCCACCUGUUGGUGGAGGUGAGCGGCGGGGGCUGGGAGGGCGGCGCCCCCAAGUUGACCUUCCCCUUCGCAACCAGCCCCAAAAUGAUCACUGUGGCUGCAAACACCACCUUCGAGAUCACCAGCAGUCUUGAGGGCGCCCACGUCCAUUUCAACGUGUCUAAGGUCGCCAAGAACGGUGGUGGUGAUGGCAAUGGUGAUGAGGUGGUGAUAAACGGCAACAUCCCCAUCAACACUCACUCCCUGACGCUGGAGGUGGUAGGCGGACGCGGUGGUGAUGACAGCACCACCAACACCACCACACUCGUCCGUCUCUGGCGCUCAUCACCGCACACCAAAUCCACUUCUGAAUCCGAAUCUGUAUCUUCGUCAACAGCUUACCGCACCGGAUGCAUCGUGCUGGGGGUGUUACUGGGGCUGGUGCUGCUCACAGGAGUGAUAAUAUAUGCCAUCUCGAAGGAAGGUCACUCGGCGCUGUCCUUGUGGCUGGCGCGCUGCCUGACAAAAGGAGGAAAAAGUGGAAACACAGAGAACAUUGUGGUGGUGAACGGUAAUGGUGGAUGGCUUAUACAGUGGAUGAGGCAGCUGCAAUACUUCACCACCACCCCCUUGUGUAGUAUCAUCGCCAGUAGGACCCCCGUGCCGAGAAGUGAGCCCAUUAGCACUGAGGACGAUGUGAAUAGUCCAUGCUUGUCAAUAACUAUCGACAGUAAACGUUCCUAAAAUACCAUAAGUAGCUCCCAUGGAUUCUAGAGUCUAUCCUCCUAGACUCCUCCGUAUCUCUAGUCUGACACAAAUAUUAAGUAUAUAUUAGCUUAUUUUAGUAGAACGAAUCUGAACUAUGGAAUCUGAGCAUAUUUAGUAUCUACGGAGUGCUGAAGGAAUCUUACACUGAUGAUUAUGAUCUUCUGUAAAAUGAGUGGAUUUAAAAAGAUAAUCCAUUUUGUUUAAUAUAGUUUGAGAUUUGCAAGGGAAGCUCAACUAGGGGCGAGUGGAGACUAUGUAGUGGCUUGACUUUUUGGCUGGGAUGCAAAGAACUGCGACUUCCUCAAAUUACCUAUCCAUUACUUACCUAUGAAAUACUUACCUAUGAAAUACUUACCUAUGAAACUACUUACCCAUGAAACUAUUUACCUAUGAAAUUACUUACCUAUGAAACUACUGACUUAUGGAACUACUUACCUAUCAAACUACUUACCUAUGAAAUUAAUUACCUCUGGUAUAACUUAUCUGUGAAACUACUUACCUUUGAAACUACUUACCAAUGAAACUACUGACCUAUGAAACUGCUUACUUAUAAAACUACUUACCUAUGAAAAUAAUUACCUCUGAUGUGAUUUACUCAGGAUACUUCUUACCUAUAUCACCACAUACCUCUGAUAUUAGCAAAACCUUUAUUAUACUUUGAUAAAAGCUGAAAUUCUUUAACUCAUCACGAUCUUCUUUCGCCUCCCAGCCAAACAGUCAGGCCAGGGUCUCCACUUACGUGACUGUGAUAGUGCAAAGAUUAGAUAAGUGUGUUCGAAGCCUGUGUCAGCCUGUGAUGAAUGGACUGUCUCUACUCACCUACCUAUCUAUUUUAUCUGUGCAAUUAUUGAAGUAUGUGAUGGAUCGAAACUCUACUUCAUGGCUGCCAGUGAAACAGGACUGCUUAUAUAUAUAAGUUUUUGACUCUAAUGGAAAGGAGACUUGCGGGCGCUGUUUGCCUAGGAUACAAGUUGCCUUUGAUACAAGUUGCCAUUGAUACAAGUUGCCAUUGAUACAAGUUGCCAUUGAUACAAGUUGCCAUUGAUACAAGUUGCCAUUGAUACAAGUUGCCAUUGAUACAAGUUGCCAUUGAUACAAGUUGCCCUUGAUACAAGUUGCCCUUGAUACAAGUUGCCAUUGAUACAAGUUGCCCUUGAUACAAGUUGCCCUUGAUACAAGUUGCCAUUGAUACAAGUUGCCCUUGAUACAAGUUGCCAUUGAUACAAGUUGCCAUUGAUACAAGUUGCCAUUGAUACAAGUUGCCCUUGAUACAAGUUGCCAUUGAUACAAGUUGCCACUGAUAAAAGUUGCCCUUGAUAUAGUUACCUCUUACAGAUUUUUAUGGUGCUAGUUACCGGAUUUACUGUCUGUGUUCCACGCCUGUGACAGCCUGUGAUGACUAGACUACCUGUACUUACCUACCGACCUGUUAUAACUGAGCAAUUACUUAAGUAUGUGAUGGAAGCUCUACGUCAUGCCUGCCAGUGAAACAAGACUUUUUAUACACAAGUUUUUGGCUCUUAUAGAAAGAAGACGCGUGCGCUGCCUGCUUUUGAUGGAUUUGCUGAUAGAUUGUUUCUGCUGUUGAGACUGAUAAGUUUAAUAUGAAAGUAGACACCCACGUGUGAACUUAUAUAGCGUACUGUUUUGGUUACCCACUUCUGUUUGUUAUUCCUCUCGUUACAUUAACUCUUACUGUCUCUUUCUGCACAUCAAGGGAACUCUGUGUCUAUACCAUUUAUUUAUUUUCUUCUAAUGCCUUUUCAUGGAUCUCAAUGUUGUGAUAAUAAUGAUACUGAUAAUACUAAUGCGAGAUUUAGCGGCCAGUGAGAAGAACAAAAUGGUUGGUGUGUGUGUGUGUGUGUGUGUGUGUGUGUGUGUGUGUGUGUGUGUGUGUGUGUGUGUGUUAUGUUUGAGAAGGCGGUGGUUGAGUGGUUAGCGUGCGGGCCCCGCAUUCACCGCGUUCUGGACGACGCGGGUUCGAAUCCACCGCUACCACCUUAGAUUUUUCAGUCACCGCCGAGUGGCCUAAGCUGUCCUGAAGACCACUUAUCAACCCGAACUCUAAAGGAAACCAUCCAAGUGAAUCAAGAAUGAGCUCCGGGGGGCAGCAUGAGCCAAGAAUAAAUGGCGCCACUACAAACACUUGCCUGCGCCAUCACGGGCUGGGGCCGACCACCAAGCCCCUCUAGAGAGCCUACCGGUGCUUAGGCUAACACGUAAAUAAAAAAUAAAAAAAAAAAAAUGUGAAAUCCUAAAGUUGUAUUCUCGAAAUUUGUUUCACCUUAUUUCUUUUUAUAUUAUGUUUGUGCCCAAUUGCAUAUUUGUGUAUGUUGAAUUAUUGUAUGUUUAUAUGUUUUAAUGCUCAUGGUACUCGUGUGGGAGCUAAAAUUUGUCACUGGUAAUACUGACUUUUUCUGUUGUACUUUAGGAAUAUUGUGUGUGUGUGUGUGUGUGUGUGUGUGUGUGUGUGUGUGUGUGUGUGUGUGUGAGGAAUGAUAACUAAUAUUUCUAUGUAAUUGGCUUUAAUCAGGAAUUGAAUUGGAUUUCUUUAAGUCACGAGUGUAAACAAUGCAUUGUAAUGAACAAUAAAUCAUUUCCCCAAGAA